AGGGAAGAGAUAAACAGAGUUGAUGGCAAAGGAGAAACAAGCAAUCUGUCAAAUGAAGAUGUUAUUUUCAAAAGCUCCCACUACACUGAGUUGCUAAAGAAUAUGCAGAUGAAAGAAGAGAUGGCUCAACAGAAAGCUCGGAAAACUUGGCUGAAAUCAGGAGAUGCUAACACCAGUUUUUUCCACAAUUGCAUCAGAGGGAGAUGGCGUAGAAAUGAAAUAAAUGUAAUUUCGGUAGAAGGCAAAGAGCUGAGACAAGUUGAAGACAUAAAGCAGGGUGUUAUGAAGUAUUUUGCAAAUUUAUUCUCUGAUGAGGGAUGGCAAAGACCGACGUUAGAGGGGCUAAGCUUCAAAUCUAUUUCAGAGGAGGACAGAAGCAUGCUCAUUGAACCUUUUACAGAAGAAGAGGUAAAAGCGGCAGUAUGGAAUUGUGACAGCACCAAAGCACCGGGACCGGAUGGUUUUACUUUUGGCUUUAUAAAAAAUGAAUGGGAGGUGAUUAAAGCAGAUAUCAUGGUCUUCCUCAAGGAUUUUCACACAAAUGGAAGGAUGGUAAGGGGUUCUAAUGCUUCUUUCCUGGUUUUGAUACCGAAGAAAGAGAAUCCUCAAGGCAUUGAAGAGUAUAGACCCAUUUCCUUAAUUGGCUGCAUGUAUAAGAUUCUUGCCAAAGUGUUAGCAAACAGACUCAGCAGAGUAUUAAACACAAUUAUAGGGGAGAAUCAAUCUGCUUUCAUCGAAGGAAGACAACUGGUUGACAGUGUUGUUGUGGCAAACGAGGCAAUUGAUGAGGUGAGGAAGAGAAAAUCCCAGUGUUUUCUAUUCAAGAUUGACUUCGAAAAGGCAUAUGAUAAGGUGAGCUGGUCUUUUUUGGACUACAUGAUGGAGAAAAUGGGCUUUGACAAAGUAUGGCGGGAGUGGAUGGCUGAAUGUUUAAGAUCGAAUACUUUAUCCGUGUUAGUUAAUGGAAGUGCUACCAAAGAGUUCUCGAUGUCAAGAGGGCUUCGACAAGGAGAUCCACUAUCUCCAUUUCUGUUCUUAAUGGUGGCAGAAGCUCUAAAUGGACUAACUUCGACAGCAAUAGAAAAGGGUUAUUUCUGUGGAGUAAAAAUAGGAGACGGGGAGUUAGAGAUUAGCCAUCUACAAUUCGCAGAUGACACAAUCUUUAUGGGAGAGGCAACCGAAGACAACAUAUGGAUGAUUAAAUGCAUCAUGAGGGCAUUUGAACUGGUGUCAGGCCUGAAGGUAAAUUACAGAAAAAGCUCUUUAAUUGGAGUCAAUACUGAUGAAGAAUGGACGAGAAAAAUGUCAUGGUUGCUGAAUUGUAAAACUGCCUCCCUUCCCUUUUGGAAAGGCAAAUUCUUGUCUCUUGGCGGAAGAAUCACCCUCAUAAACUCUGUGUUGUCCAGCCUGCCAGUGUUCCUGAUGUCGCUACACCUUCUCCCUAAACGGGUAAUCCGCGAGCUCAAUAAAAUUAGGAGAAAUUUCUUAUGGGGUGGAGUUGGGGAAGGUAGAAAGAUAGCUUGGGUAGCAUGGGAGAGGGUCUGCUGCGAAAAAAAAGAGGGAGGGUUAGGGGUGAAAAAUCUUAGAUGGUUCAAUAUGGCAUUGCUCGGGAAAUGGUGGGGGAGAUUAAUAGGAGGAGAUAAGGGGUUGUGGUCGAGGGUGCUAUUAGAAAAAUAUGGUGGCGAAGGAGGAAAUUGGUUAUCGUGGAUGAAAGAGGGUAGGGGAAUAGGAUCGCCAUGGUGGAAUGAUAUUUGCAAAUUGAAUACAAAAUCAAGUAACAAGGCUGGGUGGUUGCUCUCAAAUUUCAACUUAAAAUUAGGGGAUGGGAAGAGUGUCAGGUUCUGGUUAGAUGUUUGGGUGGGGGAGGAUUCUUUAGCUAAUUGUUGGAGAUUCCAAUGGAGAAGAUCAACUAGAGCAUGGGAGGAGGAAAAAAUACAACAGUUGAUUGGGACCAUAAAUCACAUAAAACUAGUGCAGAACGUGAAAGACACCUGGAGAUGGAGGCCUGACAAUGAAGGAAACUACACCACAAGGUCAGCUUACAAGCAGUUGGCAAAGAAAGAGGAAAGUACACUGAUGGAGUACAAAAAUAUAUGGAGUGCGCAAGUCCCUUCAAAAGUGGCAGCUUUUUCAUGGCAAAUGCUUCUUGACAAAAUCCCCACAAAGGCCAACUUGGCAAAGCGAGGCAUUUUGGAUGACAACCAAGGAAGUAGGGAGUAGAUGGGGUGUUGAGCUCCAAGUUUCCUGUUUUGGGAAUACCUGGGGUUAUUGUGGUUUGACCCACUUCCUGGAUGUAAUUUGUUUAUUGAUGUCAAUGGGUUUGAGUACCCCUUGUACUCACUUAAUAAAUUUCUUUUUGCUUU